AUGGCCGCCGCCGGGGACUCCGUCAAGCAGCCGCUCCUCCACCGCGCGUACCCGUCGCACGUCGCGUCGGCGUCCUCGCCCGCGCUCCCGUCCGCGGCCCCGGGGUCCGCGGGCCGCCGCUUCCCGGGGGUGCUGGACGUCCCCAACCUGAAGAAGCGCGGCGGCGGCACGCGCAGCUGGAUCCGCGUCGAGGCCGCCACGGCCUCCGUGCAGACGCUGGAGAUCGACAAGGCCACCAUGAUGCGGCGCUGCGAGCUCCCGGCCCGGGACCUCCGCCUUCUCGACCCGCUCUUCGUGUACCCGUCCACGGUUCUGGGCCGCGAGCGCGCCAUCGUCGUCAACCUCGAGCAGAUCCGCUGCGUCAUCACCGCAGACGAGGUGCUCCUGCUCAACUCCCUCGACAGCUACGUCCUCCAGUACGCCGCCGAGCUCCAGCGCCGCCUCCUCCAGCGCGCUGAGGGCGACGAGCUGCCCUUCGAAUUCCGCGCACUCGAGCUCGCCCUCGAGGCCGCAUGCUCCUUCCUCGAUGCGCAGGCAGCGGAAUUGGAAAUUGAAGCAUAUCCAUUAUUGGAUGAGCUGACAUCCAAAAUCAGUACUCUCAAUUUGGAACGUGUCCGGCGAUUAAAAAGUAGACUAGUUGCAUUGACCAGAAGAGUUCAAAAAGUCAGAGAUGAAAUAGAACAACUAAUGGAUGAUGAUGGUGAUAUGGCUGAGAUGUAUCUCACCGAAAAAAAGAUGAGGAUGGAAUCAUCUGUCUUUGGUGACCAGUCUUUGUUGGGCUACAAUUCAGCAGGCGCUGCUGGGACUUCAGUUUCAGCUCCUGUAUCUCCAGUCUCAUCACCCACAGAAUCACGAAAACUAGAGAAAACUUUCAGUUUGUGUAGAAGUAGGCAUGACAGUACAAAGGGCUCAGAUAACACAACGACAGAGCAUAUCCAGGAGCUGGAGAUGUUACUGGAAGCUUAUUUUGUUGUUAUCGACAGCACUCUGAACAAGCUGACAUCGCUGAAAGAGUAUAUUGAUGACACUGAAGACUUCAUCAACAUUCAGCUGGACAAUGUGCGGAACCAGCUGAUCCAGUUUGAGUUGCUGCUAACGACAGCGACAUUUGUUGUGGCCAUUUUCGGAGUGGUUGCUGGGAUAUUUGGGAUGAACUUUGAAACAUCGGUUUUCAACAUAGAGAAUGCAUUCCAGUGGGUCCUUGUAAUUACUUCAGUGGUCGGCGUUUUCAUCUUCUGCUCGUUCCUUUGGUUCUUCAAGUACAAGAGACUGAUGCCUUUGUAG